AGUGAACCUACAAAAGACAAUGACCAUCAAAUCUUGACGUGUCGAUAAAAACAUUACCGUUGUAAUCUGGAAGGCACAUCUGAGACUCUGUGAAGUCCUGCGGCUGAAGACUUCAAGUUGCUUGGCAACGGUUUUCCUCUCUCUCGUUGGUCUCUCACUCACAGCACUGUUUCCCAGCUCACCUGCGUCACUCGCCCAACAUCGAUCGACUCCUACCUCUAAAAAGUAUUCGGACUCGGUGGGAUCAAGAUUUGCAAACAACAGCAAACAAAUUACCAAACCGGACGUACCCGCCAUCCUAAACAUCAGACACAGCGUUGCUCCUGCUUGCGGUACCAUGUCUGGCAAACGUCUAGCGACCACCGGCGAUGAAACAGAUGGGCCACGCCAGUUUAAGCAGACCAAGUUGAACUUCUUCACUUCUGCUCCAAAGAAGCAGCCACGAAAACCAAACGUCGCAUCAGAGGAGGAUAGGGCAAAUACGGAGGAAGAGAAACCAUCCGAGGAACACAGGCCAUCCAAGACCACAGACCAAACCCCCAACACCAACACCACGCCAGACUCACCCCGCGAAUCCGACCCAGAACCACCAACGUCAUCACCAUCGUCACCACCCACAGCGACCAACCCAACCGCACGCACCAACCCAACAACAACGGCAACAGCAACAGCAACAACACCAACAACAACAACAACAACAACAAUGACCCCCACCCGACUCCGCAUCACCGACCGCACCGGCGACCUGUUUGCCGCCCCCGCCAACACACUACUCAUCCACGCGUGCAACACAGUCGGCUCGUGGGGCGGCGGCAUCGCCCUGGCCUUCCGCAAGCUGUACCCGGCCGAGUUCCGCGUGUACCGCGCCCACUGCGCGCGCUCGUCGCCCAACCAGCUUGCCGGCACCGCGCUGCUGAUUCCGCCGCAGGGUAGUGAUGGUGAUGGUGGUGAUGGUGGUGGUGAUGAUGGCGGUGGUGGUGAUGAUGGCGGUGGUGGUGGUGGUGGUGGUAGCAGGCAUUAUAUAGGUUGUUUGUUUACGAGUCGGCGGUAUGGUGCGGCGAGGGACCCGCCGGAGAGGAUUCUGAGGGCGACGGCGCCUGCGAUGCGCCAUCUUAUGAGGUUGGUGGCGGAGGAGGAGGCGAGGGCGGGGGUGCGGAUCGCGGAGGUGAGGAUGUGUAGGAUUAAUUCGGGGUUGUUUGCUGUUCCGUGGGAGAGGAGUAAACGGGCGCUGGAGGAGAUGGAGUUGGGGGAUGGGGAGGUGCCGGCGUGCGCGGAGGGGGACGUUGUGGAUGUUGUCGCUUGGGAGAGGGAGUAGAGUGCGAGAUGGUGGCAUGGUUGAUACCCCGGCAGGCCUCGUGGAUUUACGUACGGCAACGUAAUGCGAUAUGAGAGCCAUGUGUUGGCUGCUAUGAGUAA